UCUGGCAGUUUGGCGUGCCGACGCGUCAGUACUCGUUGGUAAACCGUACUCGCUGUUACUCGGUAGUCGGUGUCGCAAUGCGGUGCGCAUCGGUACGAUCGUCGUCGUCCGCGCGUGGUGCGUCGUCCAACGUCGGGCGGCCCGGUAACGCGAUUCUAUGGCAAUAAUGACAACAGUAUUAUGGUCACGUUGAAAUAAAAUUAAACAAAAAAAAAAAAAAACAAAUAAUUAACUAAAGGAAUCUCGCGAAAGGUCGAUUUUGUUAUUCGAACGGGGUUUUUAUUAUUCGUCGUUAAGCGAUAACAUUACCUACGUCGAGUUCUGUCGAUUGAAAUAUUUUUAGAACAAUAUAUUACUUUUAUCGUUGAUUCGUUGUUCACCGCUCGCGCGGCCGCAUGGUUGUUGUGAUGGUGGUACAGGUGGUAGUCGUCGUACGAUGAGGGGGUCACCGCAUUAUCAUAAUCACAACAACAACAACAACAACAACAACUACAACAACAACUCGCAACAUUAUCAGCAGUACCACCAAUACCAUCACGGUUGCGGCGGCAAUGGCAGUGGCGUCGGCAGGCGCGCACGACCCAAACACGGGUGGCCCGAAGUCGCCGUCGCCGUUUACGUGGCCGUCGCUGCGGCCGUGACCGUGUGCUAUUGGAACGGCCUGCGUGGCGAUUUCGUGCACGAUGACAUACCGGCCGUGGCCAUGAACGCCGACGUGCUGGGCACCGGCCCGCUGGCCCUCGUGGCCACCAACGACUUCUGGGGUACCCCGCUGUCGGACCCCAACAGCCACAAAUCGUACCGGCCGCUGACUACGCUGACUUUCAGAUUGAACCAUUAUAUAUUUGGACUUCAACCUGUGUGGUUUCACGUUGUCAAUGUUAUCCUUCAUGGCAUUUGUAGUGUUUUAUUUGCUCGUCUGUGCAUUUCAGUUGCUGGAUUAGAACAUAAAUAUGGACUUUUGGCUGGAAUUGUUUUUGCUGUCCAUCCGAUCCAUACGGAAGCAGUUACGGGAAUCGUUGGAAGAGCAGAUGUUUUGGCGUGUCUAUUUUUUUUAUUAUCAUUUUUAACGUAUCACGACACUCGAUGGAAACGUAAAGAACGGGUGUUACUUAGCUGUACAUUUGGAGCAUUAUCAAUGUUGGCAAAGGAAACCGGACUAAUGGUCCUUUUGGUAAAUCUGGCUUAUGACAUAUACUCUUCAUGGGGCCAUAUUAAAAAGUCAUUGGUAGAACACAAGCAAACUGAAGAAUAUAAUUCAUUCACAAGAAGAGCUCCAAAAACUAUAGCAGCAAUAGUUGCACUGUUAACGUUUCGACUAUAUAUGCUACAAGGCAGUUUACCGAAAUUUACUGAGCCGGACAAUCCUGCAGCGUUCCAUGACAGCUCGAGAGUCAGAUUCCUCAGCUAUAGUUAUGUGGCUGCAUUCAACCUGUGGCUGAUGUUGUGUCCGUCGGCAUUGAGUCAUGACUGGCAAAUGAAUUCACUACCGUUGGUCACGUCUCUGAAUGAUAUCAGAAACAUCGGUACUUGUGUAGCUGCAGCAUUUUUAUUGUGCACUACGUGCAAGAUAUUAUCUGACAUGGACACACAGAAACAUAGUCCUCAAGUUUUAUCAGCUCUUUUACUUAUUAUCCCUUACAUUCCUGCUUCUAAUCUUUUAGUGACAGUAGGAUUUGUGGUGGCUGAAAGAAUACUUUACAUACCCAGUAUGGGAUUCAUUUUGUUAUGUGUAUAUGGUCUUCAAACAAUUUUGAAUCACAAAAAAUCAUCAAAUUGGGUGUUAAUUACAAUAAAAUUCUUUGUGGGCUUCACACUCUUGGUAUUUAUAGCAAGAACUGUGCUAAGAAAUAGUGAUUGGAUGUCUAGACCGGCUAUUAUUAAGGCCGGUUUGAAGACUUUGCCACACAAUGCCAAAAUGCACUAUAACUGGGCGAAUUACCAAAGGGAUGUAGGGGACACGAAAACAGCUGUAAAUCACUACAGAGAGGCGUUAAGGUUAUGGCCGUCUUAUGCGAGUGCACACAACAACUUAGGCACGCUGAUGGAAAGGUCUAGGGAUGCUGAACAUCAUUUUUUGGCCGCAAUCCGGUACUCGCCAGGGCACGUCAACGCUCAUUACAAUUUGGGUCAAGUUUAUAGGUUGAUGAAUCGGACCAAAGAUGCAGUGACUAUGUUGGAACGAUGUCUUAUGUUAAAUAACGGUUACACAGCUGCGUACUUGUUAUUGGCCAAAUUGCAUACCGGAAGCCAAACUGGGCGACUGUUAAAACACGUUGCCGCCUACCAGCCUAAACACCCAGAACAUCAAGCUCGUUAUGCUCGUUGGCUUCGUGAUAACCGUCGUAUGGCUGAGGCUUUAAUUUAUUAUAAAAGAGCCAUGGCUGUGAAUAUGGAACACAGGGAGUCUGUUUUGGGUUUGGCCCGCGUACUUAGAGAUCGAGGACAAAGAUCCAGAGUUUACAGACUUAUAACAUGGUGGCAGUCGACGAGACGCAGACACUCGGUUCCCGGCGGCGGUCGGAUCGUGUUCGCUGGCGAUCUCUACGUCAAGGGAUGGCAGCUGUACAAACAAGGCCAAACCACAGCACCCCUACCUUCGACUGGCGAGCCGCCACGACGACGCAACGCCGAUGGCAAAAUGUCAAUGUGCAACGGUGUACAACUAUCCCACGUGAUGAUUCCGGGAAAGUGACAUUGGAUUAAUGAAAAACACAUAGAAAAAAUAUUAUCUUCAAUUGGUUGAUGGUAAAAAAACAGUCGACCAAGACUGUGGACGAGAAAAGGGCAUACGGAAUAAAAUAAACGUUCAUUAAAUAUUUCUAACAUUUAUAUUUAUAUAUUAUCCUAUAAUAUUAUAUAAAUAAAAC